AAGGAACACGAACCUCGUGAUUUAUGUCGGUUAUUAUGUGUUAUGUAUAGCAUCGCAUAGUAGACUAGCUGUCUUUCUAAAGGACUGGCUGAUUAUGUGGCUUUCAUUUCCAUUGCUACCUGGCUAGCUAGAUUGUAGUUUCCCCGUAAACUAACUUCCUUCCUGGUUGCGUCUUCCCGGAUCACGUGAGUCCCUUGAAGUUAGUUCACUGUCGCCCUGCAAAACACCAGGGUCUCGCUUCUUUCACCCGCGCCGCGCAUUCAAAACUUAUGAGCAGUAUGUUCAGCUUUGAAUUAAGGACUGCUACAGGACCCUUCAUCACGGCCAUCGUUUGUGUUGUACUUCUGUUAGGCUCGCUGCAUGUGCUUGCCUUGAAGACACAACUGCUGUCUUCACACAGCAUAGGUCAUGGCAUUCCAAACAGCCUGUCUUAUAAGACCUACUAUUUUGACCAGAAGAUCGACCACUUUGGAUUUCUGGGUGAUGCCACAUUCAAGCAGAGGUAUCUCGUCAGCGACCAGCAUUGGCACCAGGACAACGGCCCAAUCCUGUUCUACACUGGGAACGAGGGGGACAUCACAUGGUUCUGCAAUAACACAGGCUUCAUGUGGGACGUGUCAGAGGAGCUGGGUGCCAUGUUGGUGUUCGCUGAGCAUCGAUACUAUGGAGAGUCCCUGCCCUUUGGACAGGAGUCCUACAGCGACGCUAAGCACCUGAACUACCUGACGUCGGAGCAGGCCCUGGCGGAUUUCGCGGUGCUGAUAAAGGCGCUAAAGGGCACCGUCCCGGGGGCCCGGAACAGUCCGGUGAUCGCCAUCGGAGGCUCGUACGGCGGGAUGCUGUCGGCCUGGAUGAGGAUGAAAUACCCCCACGUCGUCGUUGGUGCUCUGGCUGCCUCUGCUCCUAUCUGGCAGUUUACAGACAUGGUGCCUUGUGGCGCCUUCCACAAGAUCGUAACGGAUGACUUCCGCAACGGUGGAAAAGGCUGUGAAGAGAGCAUCCGAAGAUCGUGGAAGGCUAUCGACAACGUCACCUCCACAGCCGAAGGCCUCCAGUGGCUGUCGAGCGAGUUCAGCCUCUGCGUGCCUCUCAAAAACAAGAUGGAGGCUGCAGCUUUCAAGGCCUGGCUCCAGGAGACCUGGGUCAAUCUGGCCAUGGUUGAUUACCCGUACGAGGCCAACUUCCUCCAACCUCUUCCCAGGUGGCCCAUUAAGGUGGUGUGCCAACAUCUAACUCACCCAACAGCCCCAGAACAGCAGCUUCUGCAGGACAUCUCUGGAGCUGCGAAGGUGUACUACAAUUACACAGGAGACGCUCAAUGCCUCAACAUGUCUCAGACAGCCACAGGAAGCCUGGGUUUCAGGGGCUGGUACUACCAGGCCUGUACGGAGAUGGUUAUGCCCAUGUGCACAGAUGGAGUUCACGACAUGUUUGAGCCCCAGGGGUGGGAUUUCGGAGCGUUCUCCGAGGAAUGUCAGGCUCUGUUCGGAGUGAAACCGAGGGCGGACUGGGCUGACACCGUCUAUGGGGAGAACAUCAAGUCUCACAGCAACAUCAUCUUUAGCAACGGCGGCCUGGACCCUUGGUCGGGUGGUGGAGUAACCAAAAGCCUGUCGGACUCCCUGGUGGCCAUCUUGAUUCCGGAUGGGGCCCAUCACUUGGACCUGCGAUACAACACAAACUACGACCCCCAGUCCGUCCUGGAUGCCAGGGCCCUGGAGGUGAAGUACAUGAAACUGUGGAUCAAGCAGGCCGCAAACUCACCGUGAAAUCAUCCCUCUAAUCAUUGGAUCACUCCUAUCACUGCUCCCUGCUAUCAUAACCCCUCCCCCCAAACCCUGAAGCGACUUUCACCACCCCUCCCUGCGACCAUAACCCCGCCUCCAUGACACUGAGGCCACUCCCACCAACCCUCCCAGCCACUUGACCCAGCCUCCCACGUGCGGCCACACCCACCACCCCUCCCAUCUACCAUAACCCCACCCCCCUGACAUUGAGGCCACACCCACCACCCCUCCCAUCUACCAUAACUCCACCCCCCCGACACUGAGGCCACGCCCACCACCCCUCCCAUCUACCAUAACCCCACCCCCCUGACAGUGAGGUCACACCCACCACCCCUCCCAUCUACCAUAACCCCACCCCCCUGACAUUGAGGCCACACCCACCACCCCUCCCAUCUACCAUAACUCCACCCCCCCGACACUGAGGCCACGCCCACCACCCCUCCCAUCUACCAUAACCCCACCCCCCUGACUCUGAGGCCACUCCUACACCAACUAUAGAAUCAAAUCUCGAUUGUCAGGCUCCAAACCUUCCCUUCCCCUACUCUGAGCCUGACCAGACCUGGGUUACACUUUGAUAUGAAUCGCUAAUGUCCAAAUCUCGGGGAUGUGCUUUGCUAAUAAACUAGCGGUCAGUUCAUUCUUCUUAUGAAAUGGGAUCUUGAUGGUGUCGUUGGAAGCUGCAAUACAAGUUAAUCACAAAAGCUGUCUAAAAUGUGGUCGAACCAAUCAGUGUUUUAUGAUCCGCAUCACAUCUCAUGUUUUAUUGGUAUUGCUUACAGGAUGGUUUCUCUUGGCUCUUUCCUUGCUCUGUAGAUUUCCGCAUGAUCUAUUGACUCAUUGGAACAGAUGCGAUGAGUCAUCGAUGAUGUCAGAUUUAUUUACAGUUGGCUAGUGUAAUAGCUAGCUUAAUUUUCCCUCUGUUUUUACUUUUGUUUUAACAUUUUACUUUUGGAAUCUUUGCACAUUUUUGAAUUGCACUAGGGUUAAUGAAGUAAGAAUAUUAUCAUAUACUGUACAUAAUGGUUUUUGGAUUUAUCCUUAUUUUAUAUUGUUGCAAAUUUAUUUUCAUUUUCAGUGAAAUUUUUACCUCUAAAAUGGUAGUAUUCUCAAAAUUACUUUAUUUUGAUUUUAGUUUUUGUUUUUCCCCACUUCAGUAUAUGUUGACAUGCUGAAAUGUAUGCAUGAUGCAAAUCCAUGUUUGUCAUCUUCUUAAUGCAUAGUUUACAUUUGAAUUGUAACCAUGUCAAAUACAAUUGAAAACUUCAGGGAUUUUGGAAAAAACUAAAUCAACGAGUAUUACAGUUACAGUAAGACAGUUGUAACACAUAUUUGUCGCUUUUAGAUGUGUAGAUUCUGUUCUUUGUAAAUUGUGUGAAUUUAGUCAUUUGAGAUUCUGAGAGCUACCAGAAAUGUUCUGUUCUGUGAGUCUGUAUCUUUCUCAAUGAUCUUCAAAUUAAUGUGCUGUUUAUAUAUAUGAGCAUUUCUGCUCUGGGGCUGGACCCAAAACAUUUUUUUUACACUCUUUGGCAAUAAUGAAGUAAUUUGUUAUUCUGACAGAUGUGAUUAAAAGAACCAUCUUUCCUC